UCCCCUAGCCCGGCUGCAGCUCGAGGGAGCCCUCCAGACCAUGGCACCCAGAAGAGCCCGGAAAAGAGCAGAAGGUGGAGCCAGCUCCAAUGUCUUCUCCAUGUUUGAUCAGUCCCAGAUCCAGGAGUUUAAAGAGGCCUUCACCAUCAUGGACCAGAAUCGGGAUGGCUUCAUUGACAAGGAGGACCUGAGGGACACCUUUGCUGCCCUGGGCCGCAUCAAUGUGAAGAAUGAGGAGCUGGAGGCCAUGGUGAAGGAAGCCCCCGGGCCCAUCAACUUCACUGUCUUCUUGACCAUGUUUGGGGAGAAGCUGAAGGGUACGGACCCAGAGGAGACCAUUCUCCACGCCUUCAAGGUGUUCGACACUGAAGGGAAAGGUUUCGUCAAGGCUGAUUUCAUCAAAGAGAAGCUCAUGACGCAGGCCGACCGGUUCAGUGAGGAGGAGAUCAAGCAGAUGUUUGCUGCCUUCCCACCAGAUGUGUGUGGCAACCUGGACUACAGGAACCUGUGCUACGUCAUCACACAUGGCGAAGAGAAGGACUAGCAGGUCACAGACCCCCCUGCACACACACACUCAGAGGCAGCAAAACCCAGGGGGCGGGGUAGGGGGCAGCCGGAGGGGAGCCCCUGCGGCCAACAUGUGGGAGGAAAAGGCUCCCUCGCCUGGGGGUCAGGGGCAAAGCAAGAAUAAAUAAUGCU